AUGGUUCCUCGAACGAAGACAAGCGACGCGACAGAAUCGAAUGCGGUUCCCGAGCCAAAAGCUACCCGCGCUAGGACGUCUAGCAAGAAAAAUGCGUUAGAAGUUCCAGCCCUCAAACCACCUAAAUCAAAAACAACUGGCGCAAAAAGUAAGAUUUCCAACAAGAUAAAUGCCUCAAAAAAGCCACUUGAAGUAAAACCUGCCACCACUAAGGCGGCUGUUAAACGGAGGGCUCCUGAAACUGAUCAUGAAGAGCCUGCCGCGAAAAAGUUCAAACCCUCUUCAUCAAAAACUGUUACAGAAAAGUCUACAAAGACAAAAAAAACUAUCGUUCCGAAACCACCAAUAAAAAAACUACCAGUGAAGAAGAAGAUUUCAAGCCCGAAAAUUCCUGAAGAUCAUGAACAGAAGUUCAGCGAUCGAAAGCGACACAAGUCAGUAAAGCCUAGCGCUCCGACGAAGGAUGCUCCACAUAAAGCAGGGAAGCCAGCUCCUAUUAUUAAUGCACCCCCAACUCAACGCCUUAAUGUCUUUGUGUUCGGAGAAGGAUCUGCCGGUGAACUUGGUCUUGGUGCAGAAAAAAUCGACGGAAAAAGCCCAGUUGAUGUCAAAAGACCCCGCCUCAAUCCACGCCUUGAUGCCAAAGAUAUUGGUAUCGUUCAAAUAGCAGCGGGGGGAAUGCAUUGUGCAGCACUAACAUUCGAUAACAAAAUACUUACAUGGGGUGUAAAUGAUCAAGGCGCACUUGGACGCGAGGCGUCACAGGGAGGAAAGAUGAAAGUAAUUGCUGAGGGCGCUAACUCAGAUUCAGAAACCGAUGAUGAAGGUUCUGGAUUGAAUCCUAAUGAAUCGGAACCGCGCGAGAUCGACUGGACUAAUAUUGAAGAAGAUACCAAAUUUGCAGCUGUCUUUGCCGGCGAUAGUACUACAUUCGCUCUCACAAUAGAGGGUCGCGUCUAUGGAUGGGGAACUUUCCGAGGGAACGAUGGUAUCCUUGGAUUCCGCCAUGAUAUAAAGAUUCAGUACAAACCCAUGUUAAUCCCAGAGCUUAAAAAUAUUAUUAAAAUAGAGUGUGGUACUAACCACGUUCUUGCCCUUGACACUAAAGGAAAAGUCUUUACUUGGGGUGCAGGUGAACAGAAUCAACUAGCUCGGCGAGUUGUUUCUCGCAGUGCUACAGGUGCCCUCGUGCCGCGAGAAUUUGGCCUCGGGCGAUGUCACAUUACCCAUAUAGGAUGUGGUGAUUAUCAUAGUUUCGCUAUCGAUGAUAUGGACCGUGUCUACUCAUGGGGUCUUAAUGCCUUUGGACAGACCGGCGUCCCCAAGGACGAGCGCAAUGGAGAGGAGGGAAAUACCGUACAACUCCCUACUGUUGUUGACUCUUUAUCCAAACUUCGUAUAAAGCAAAUUACUGGCGGUGCUCAUCACUCGCUCGCGGUUACUGAGUCUGGCGAACUACUUAUCUGGGGUCGCAUAGACAAUAAUCAAGGCGGUAUGGAGAUCGAUGACAUGCCACAAGAAAAUCUCUACUUUGAUGAAAACAGUCGCCCUCGAUACGCUCUGAAGCCUAUCACCAUACCAAAUAUCAAUAGUACCUGGAUAGCAACUGGUAAUGAUACUUGUAUUGUUAUCGACGCUAAAGGUCGUGCUUACUCGUGGGGCUUUAGCAGCAAUUAUCAGACUGGUCAAGGUACUGAUGAAGAUGUUGUAGAAGCUACCUUAAUUGAUAAUACUGCGGUGCGUGGAAAACGACUUACGUAUGCAGGUGUAGGCGGACAGUUUGGCAUCCUUGCCGGCUUGACAGAUGAAAAUUCAUGA